GAACAAUUUGAUUAGGUGAACAGCUGAAAACACGAGACAAAAAAUCGAUUCUUGCUUUAAUUCAGCCUCCGCCGAGUGAGAGACAUCCACCAAGGAAAGUCGUAUCGGCGCCAUUAAAACUUGCCAUCCUUAACCAGAAGAGAGAAAAAACGAUACAGAGAGGCAGUAAAGAAAAAAACCAUCAUUUUCAGCUCAGCAGUCGAGAGUGAGAGUCAACGCAUUCCACUAUCUUGGUUGAAAUUUCUAUCUCACUUACUAGGAGCAUUUCAAAUCUCUUAUUACAGCUAGUCCGAGGUUUUACAGCAUGUCGUCGGAAGUUGAAUCUACAGCACGUGAAUAUGAAGAUGAAGAUGAAGAUUUAAGCUGCGGGCUUUUAUUGCGCGACAUUGAAGAGAUUAGCAAAGCUCUGUAUCUGCACCAAGCCCCACCACAUAAGCCAUUCAAUUCGUCUCAUGAAUGUGGUACAAGUAUUCCUGCCAAAACUGGCGUAAUGGUAUCUAACCCAUGUGUCACCAUCGAAAGUUGGUCGAACAAGGACAAGAAAUCUUCAUUAUGGAAAUGGAAGCCCCUUAAGGCUCUGGCCCACAUCCGUAACAAUCGGUUUAACUGCUGUUUCUUUCUGCAUGUCCAUGCCGUGGAGGGCUUGCAGCCAAAUUUUGAUGACCUCAGCCUGUGCGUGAUUUGGGCCCGAAAAAACGACUCGUCGAGAACUCGGCCCGCUAGGGCCCGCUCGGGCUUGGCCGAGUUCGAGGAGACCCUCAUGCACAGGUGUACGGUCUAUGGCAGCAGAAGCGGGCCCAGUGGGUUAGUGAAGUACAAGCCCAAGAUCUUUUCAAUAGGUGUUGCUGUGGUGGGCCCCACGGAGCUCGAUCUCGGGAACCACUGGAUUGACCUUAGCAGAUUGCUUCCGAUUACAGUGGAGGCAUUAGAGGGGGAUAAGGGUUGCUCGGGGCAGUGGACCACUAGCUUUAAGCUCACGGGCGAAGCCAAAGGGGCAAUCUUGAAUGUUAGUUUUGGGUUUUCCGUAUUGGGCGGUAACUCAUUCGAGCCGGGUUAUUUUGUUAAAGUUCCUGAUAAUGGUGGACGGAAUAAUCAUUUUGCUGAAUUUGAUAAAGAGUCGGAGCUUUCGCGCUCGGUUACUUUAUUGUACCAAAAACUAGACAAGAAAAAGAUGGGUUGCAUGAUUGAUUUUGAUCACUCGCUUGAUUCUGAGUUUAGUGAAACCAUUUCUUUUGACGUAAUCGAGCAGGGAAUAGAAAUAUCCAAGGAAGAUAAGAUGGAGUUAGAGAAAUGUGUCAACCAGGAGUUCGACAAUACCGUUAUAGAAACCAUAAAUGUUUCUGAUAUUUUUUAUGAUGAGGAGACUGCUUUUGACGAGUGUGUGAAAUCUAACUCGAAGCAUGCUGACAAUCACGAGGAGCAAGAAUAUGUUAAAGAGCCAGCUUUUGAAGAAUCUUGCACGUCUCUCUAUGACAUGAUGCCUUCUAAAUCACCGAUCAACUUGGACGAUGUUUCGGAAUUGAUCGAAAAUGAUUUUCUCGACAUGUUGAACAUUGACCAGAGUCAAGAUGACGAGUGCCCAGAUGACUUUGACCAGAUGUUUACCAUUCAAGCCGUUAAAAAGGAUCACAAUACGGUGAAUGGAUCAACGUUGAGGACCAGAAGAGAUGCUAAAGUGCUCGAAAAUUUGGAAACCGAAGCUUUGAUGCAUGAAUGGGGUCUAAGUGAGACGGCUUUUCUGAAUUCUCCGCACAUUAAUUCCGGUGGAUUUGGAAGUCCAAUCUAUAUUCCUGCAGAGGAGCCUUUAAAGUUACCUCCAAUUGAAGAAGGUGUGGGCUCGAUGGUUAGGACGAGGGAUGGCGGUUAUCUGAGAUCAAUGAAUCCUCUGAUUUUUGCAAAUGCAAAUAAUGGUGCCAGAUUAAUUGUUCAAGUUUCUGCUCCCGUUGUUUUACCCCCGGAAUUGGGAUUUACAGUGACGGAAAUAUUACAGUGCUGGGCAUCAGGAGGAUUUGAGAAGAUGUGUAUUCAGGUGAAUGAGUUGAUGCCUUUGGAAGAUGUCACGGGGAAGACAAUACGGGAGGUUUUGUCGGAACAAGAAUCCGGAUCAUGUGCUCUUAAUAGAGCUUUGCAGAGGGACUCGGGUAAUGGCGUCGAGUCUCAAGAGGAAAAACAAACCGAAAAUCCACCAUUUUCUCGUAAUCUCAAAAACUUUUCUUGCUCUAAUUCCGAGCCAGUAGAUCCUGAUUACGUAUCUUUCGAAGAUUUAGUGCCUCUGUCCAUAACAAACAUCGAAGGCCUUAUACUCCAAGGCUUAAAAAUUCAGUCUGGCAUGACAGACGAAGAAGCACCUUCGAGCAUAAAAAUACGAUCCACAGAAUCUUCACAUAACGUUAUCUCUGGCAGUGCUUCUAUCGAUGCGUAUGGGUUUAUGAAGAACUUUUUGCCAUUGGACGAGUGGAUACGACUCGAUUCCAGUGAAUUUUGCAUCCAAAACGAGGCUGAUGAUGAAAAUAAAAUGUGCGCUGCUGUGUCUGCUAGUAAAAACUUCAAAAUGGGUCUCAAAGCGCAGCUCAGAGACCCAUUCCGUAAUUACGAGAUGGUGGGGCCCGCAAUGCUUACUCUAUUUCAUGUGGAAAGGAUUUCUUCACAGGAGAACAGAGGAGUCUACAGACCGUUGUUUAAGGUUUCGGAAGCUCAUCUUGCUGGUCUGAAGGUUACAAACGGCAGUAAAAGCCAGAUUUGGGGCUGUAGCAGACAACAAAACCAGUUGGGAUCUCGAUGGUUGUUAUCCAGUGGCUUGGCUAAAUCGAACAAGAAUCUUAUUUCGAGCUCUAAUGCUGUUGUGAAAUAUUCGAAUGGGUUAUUGAGGAAAUCGUUGUCCGAGGAUGUUUUGUGGAGCAUAUCUUUGCCUAGUCGAGACGAAUUAGAAACGUGGGAUGAGAAGGUUGCGUUCAGUGUUCAUGUAAGAAAUCCAGACAUUGUAUUUUCUACUGAUUUCGUCAAGUGACCUUGAGAAGAAGAACACUCGGUAUAAAUCGUAUUUUGAAAUGUUUUUGUAUUGUUGAGGUCUUUGCGUAAUGCUGGUGCAUUUAAGAAACACAGCAGAACCAGUGUAUUUUAACUAUUUAUUGUUACAGAAAUGUACAAAUUGGCAAAAACAAAGCCUGUUAUUGUUUCGAUUAAACCCACCAAAAAUUUGCGCGUGGAAAUCUCCUAAAAUGACACGAAGCAAAACCUUAUAUGUGUUUGCUGCUAGUUUUAAAUCGAAAACAACAUAAUGGAGGGAGGAUUCAUACCCGUACAGAGCCUGAAACAUAAGUGCCUGUGUGUGUAUAACUAAAUACAGAUGAACUUUCUUUAUUAUCCUUCAAGCUUUGUCCCAUUGCAAAGCAAAGGGAAUCUAUCUACUCUCAAGUGUUCCCUUCUAAACCUAUCUGUAGCUAGCUAACCGGGACCGUGAUCUGUAUAAUAACUUGAAGGCUCCUUUAAUUUUUGUUUAUAAUCGUUAAUGAAAUUCACGAGUGAGGACCUUGGUGAUUGUGGACACCAUCGUAAGUUGUGACCACAUAUCUUGGAUCCUCUUUGCACCGUUCGACUUGCUUUUUCACAGGGCAACCGUCAGCCGAGCAUUUGUAGUAAUUCCUGUUAGUUCAUUACAAGAAAGCCUCUGUCAUUACUAUGCUUCUCAUCACAAAUCAAUGUUUAAUUACUCAACUACAUAUCAGCAUUUGCUAAGAGAGCUGUUUGAAAAUGAAGUUUUAGUGCUGUUUCCAAAAGCAAAACUUAUGCUUCUGAUUUUUCUACUAAUUGCUAUUAAAUAUCAACAACUAUACAUUAUCGCAAUAGUUAACAUAUGUGAAAUGCGAAUGCUCAGAAUAAUUCGACUACUUCAAAACCAAACCUUAAAAACAUGGACCAUAGAUACGUUGAAUCGACUUAAAAAUCUGAUAUACGACAUUGUUUUCUUCACAUACCUUGGAUUCGGGCUGUUUUUAA